UCAGCGACGAUCGCGCACAGAUAGAGGUUAUGGUCGCGUCUUGAAUAAUGCAGUAAACAACUUAGAUCACACACUUUUGGUCAAUCACACUAUGUGGUCAUCCACCAGAAAUGUCCACGGAAGCUGAGCGUUGCAAAGAGAACGCUUACGUUAGCUUCGCGGUGUUGGAUUGGUGAAAAAAACAAGGUGACACACAAGGAAGCACAUAGUUUAGAUUGUUAGUUUGUUAAGAUUCCAAAUAUGCAGCAACAAAAGAUGGCAAAUACAACGAUGUUGCACAAGACGAAGGAGGAAGAUGUCAUCGAGUGUUUUCUGUAUCCCAAGUUUUGCUACGCGUCCGAUCCGGACGCGGUCACAGAGUCGAAGCUGAGCGAAGAAAUUGCCAAUUACAAGGACGAGAUCGCCCCUUUGAUCGUCGAUCAUAUCUGGCACAGAGAUAGUUUAAACUUCCGUCCCAGAACGAAGCAAGCAAUGUUGUUGAACAGAAUUCUUGAAGGAUCAGCGGUGGAAGAAGAUUAUCACACCUUGCCUCACAUUUACGCAAGUUUGCAUUUUGACGAGGACAUAGGCGACGAAUGGUUAACAGUUUUUCUCAUAUUUCGGCUUACCAAAGCUUUCGACGGAUUGAUAGCCAGAGUGGUGGACUCGGACGGGGAAUUUCUUCUAAUUGAAGCUGCCAACGUUUUGCCAUUGUGGGCCAGUCCCGAGACAUGUCAGGAUCGGGUAUUCAUUCACAAUGGUGAUAUCCAUGUGAUCAGAGAAAGAGGAACGUCUUUUCCAAAUUUACUGAAUAACAUUAAUAGCAAACCACAUAUCACCAAGAUGUCUGAAAAGGUGCAACUUGUGUUGCAAAAGCGAAUUGGUGUUUAUCCGGAUGAGAUUGAGAAGAGGAAACACAAAGCCAGAGCGUUUCUUCCGGAAAAAGCAGCCUCCAUACUUCGUUUAGAACCAAGACUUAUAGCCCCGGUGAUUAGAACUAUUUGUCACUCGGAUCCACUUGAGCGCAGGGUUUGUCGCGCUAUGAGAUAUUUUCCCCCCGAACAACGAACCAUGGUCAAUGUCAAAAUGACCAAGUGUUUGUAUGCAAUGGCAACGCAUUGUCGUUACACGGGUGAUCCGAGAACAGGUUGGAACAUACCACCUGCAACUUGCUCAAAAUACAAUGCUCAUGUACUUGGCGUUAAAAUAGCAUGUGGUUUAGAGAUGCUAGUAGCUCGGGCCAAUGAGGAACGUAGGAAACGUACCAAAGAACAAUUGGACGUUCCGGAUGAUGAGAAAUUAAAGCUGAACGAACCGGCAUUCAACGCUUACCUAGCUCGUUUAGAGGCGAAUGGUUACUUUAGAGAUCUGUUGGAAGGUAGCCAGGAACGUAAUAAACUGUUGUCCACGGCCAAAGAGUAUUUCUUGAAGCAUGCGACUUUAUUUGAUAAUGUAACGAAGUUGUACGAAAACGAUGCUCAAAAAGUUUUAGAAGCAUGGGAAAACAUUCAAACGAACGAUAUUGAAAUGCAUGCUCAAGACGAGACUACGUUGAGUCCUGCGGAUAGCGACAGUUGGUUAAAUGUGGAUCCAGCCCAAUUAGAAAUGUACUUAAAUCAACAAUACGGUAAGGAUACCAAGGAUAGAAGAUUGGAUCAAGAAUCCCUGAGUCUCAGAGAGAAAGUGCAAUCAUUCCUCAAUCAGACCAGUGACGUUGACGGCGUGCAUUUCUUAGGGGAACAAUCAACUGACAACGACAUGCCAGAUGCGGAAGAUGGUGGGCGAAUAGACUUCGACGCGGAUGUGUUUGACAGUACUCUGAGAGGUAUCCUCGAUUUAGUUGUCCCGGGAGGAGACGGUGAAUUUGAAGGUAGCUCGGAGGGAUCGUUAGGCGGCGACGAUGAAGAUAAAGGCGGCGAUAUGGACAAAUACAUGCGACUGUUGGAUUCGCAGUUGCAAUCGCAAUUGGUAAAAGACGAAACCUCGACCGUGAACAAUGACAGCGGCAGCGUGGCGGAUCCCGUGGAGACGAGUUUGCGGGAAAGUAUAGAGGCCGAGGCUGGCGGUUCAGGCCCGGCCGGAAACAUAAUCGGCGGUCCGGUCCGGAGACUCAUGCAUUUGCAAUUGCAAUCGCCUACGACAGUACCCCCCGACUUGCAAAGUUAAUGAUAUCUUCUCGUGUCACAAAAAAAAACAACAUAGUCGAUUCACGUUAACAAUCGUAAAACAUUAUUGCAAUACCUCUUCGCUUCAUUCUUGCAAACUACAGUAAAAAGCAUUCGCCAUCUCACGCAACAACAAAGAAAACACUGAUAUAUAUAUAAAAUCUUGUUACUAUCGAGAAAAAAAUAUUACGUUUAUUACUUAAAAAUAUAUAUAUAUAUACUCAAUGUUACGAAAAUUUAAAGCACCUUUAUCACACACAGUUAAUAUCAUCGAUACAUAUUUCACGAUCGUACUUUCAUCACACUCGGCUAUAUCGUUGUUUUUCAUAUGAAACGUACACUUACAAGUGUGUGUAUAAACACAUACAUACACUUUUAUAUAUAUAUUAUAAAAAUACACAUAAGAUGUUAAUAACGUGUGUGUGUGUGUGUGCGUGUGUGUUUGCGCGCGCGCGCGUGCGCGGCCAUAGAGAUUAGACCGUAAGAACUUUUACUAUUUGUAUAUGUAGCAUUUUGUGUUUUUAUUUUUAUAACUAAUUUAGUAAGCAUAUCGGAUUUUUACGUGUAAAGCUUUGUAUAUUUCAAUUUAAUAAUGAGAAACACCGUCGGA